CGGAGACCUGCAGAAGAAUGCACUGCCUCAUCACCCCACCACCUUCUGGUUUGGCUAACGGAUCACUACGGCUCCCGAUAGGACGAAUGGGACCGUACAGUACAUACUUAGCGACUCGCCCACCCAAAAACUUUGUAGGGGCCAUUCCCACGACCCAUCGCCAGCAUCGCCUCUUGUGCUGUCAGUGAGGCCGAGAUUUAAUGCCUGUCGACGAUUUGGAGAGCGGAGGCUCAACACGGCCGCCCUCCUCCAUUGCUGCCGCCGGUUCCUUCGUCGAUGCGGAUGCGCCAAUCCAGUUGAACGACGACAACAUCACCGAAUGGGUCAUCAACCACCACGCUCCGAACCUGAUUGAGGAGCUCGAUGAGCCAAACCUGAGUAACCUUUCCGCCUCAUGGACGAGUCUUUGCCAGGGUCUGCUUGCCCUUCGCAACGGUUCAUCCAAAACCAGUCAGCAGAAUGGAGGCCCUGACCAGUCUCGGGUCGGCCAGAACAGGAGGAGAUUGAGAAUCAGCUUUGCCGAGCUGCAAAGAAUGCGAAUCCGACAGCUCCAGUGUGAGCUCACCAAAGACGUCAUCCAAAUGCGCUGCGAUGGAACCAACGCCCCAGAAUGGGAGACGAGGUUAAAAGAGUACACCCAGGCACUCAAAGACCACGACUACAUGACCGAGUGCAGCCAGCGACCGAGGGAUCCCUUCCUAGUCACCGGAGAGUACACGGUCGACGACUACGUCCUGACUAGCAUGGCAUCGUCGAGAAACGGCCUCCAGAGUGAGAAACUAAGGCGGGUCGCAUCGCAACACGUUUGGGAGAAGCGCGAGGAAUUCUCCACCAUAUGCGGCACGCGCAACGAGAAUGAACGGAUGGCUCAGUUGAAUGACUUUCAGAGGCGUCUGCUCGCUGCUGCGAUAGGCGGCGUCUUCCUGAUCGGACCCAUGUGGGUGAUGGUGCUCGUGAACUCAUCGCUCACCUCGCUCCUCGUCACAACAUUUUCCGUCACCUUCUUUGGCCUUGUCAUGGCUUCGUCGCUGAAAGACCACAAGGAUGUCACAGCGAGCACAGCAGCGUAUGCGGCGGUACUGGUAGUUUUCGUGGGGACGAAUAGUUCCGCCAGCUCGUGAGCCCGCGCGGUGUGGCGACCGUCUAAUUCUGCCUCGAAGAAUUUACAGUGCCGACGCGGGCUGCAGGAUGUGAGCUGGAGGUGGGUAGGUAGGUAUGUAGGUAGGUAUGUAGGUAGGUAUUGAAGGGUACCUACC